AUGGAAGAUUAUUUGGAAAGAAGCAAUAUACAUUAACAGUCUAGAGGGUUUUCUAGUGGUUAAAAAUAUUAAGCAUAUCAAGAUUAUGAUUAGCAAUCAAAAAUCAAAUAAAGAACAUGUGCAUCUAGAGAAGGUUAUAGCUCUAUUCCUCCCAUAUCACAGACUAGUUAGAUGAGAUCAACUAUGGGCACAUUCGUUUAUAAUACACCUAAAAAAUUUGAAAAGUCAGCUAAUUUUUUUAAAGAUACUCGAAUUGAUUCAUGCUCUUAUGUAAAAAGUGUAAAAAGCCCAGACAAAUCUUAUUUAGCAGUACCUUUUUAUGAAAAGCCUUUAAAAACUGUAGCAGACUCAAUGAAUAGGAGUACAUAUAAUGAUAGCUUUUCUCAUACCCAGUAUAGGCAAAAAACUAUCCCAUACGCAGGAAUGGGCCAAAAUAAACCUCUAGAAAGAUAUAAUCCUAAUUCCUAUAGAAGCAGAUUGAAUACAUCGAAUGACUUCUAUUAUCCACGCAAUAAAAUUUCUACAAUAUAAAUAGGAGAUAGAACAGUUUAUCAUGGAGAAAAGAAUAAUAUCUGGAAAACUACUAACUAAGUAGAGUUUCCUGCUUAAAGAUAUUCAAGUAAGCAUACUAAUCAUUCAGGAAUAUAAGCCUACAGAGUAAGAUGGGAUCAUUACCUUCAGAGAAAAAAUUGA